AUGAGCACGGUGCCCAAAUGGAGUCAUUCCACGGUGCUGGUGGAUCGCAAGUCGAAGUUCCAGGCCCAUGCCAUGAGUAUACAAUCGUCCAGUUCAGUUAACGAGCUGAUCCAGGGAUUGGUAUCACAGGACAAGUCGAUACAGAGAGCGUCUCAUCAAGCCAUGUAUGCCUGGAGAACGGGCACACCGUCUACAGACUCGAAGAAGCAACCGCAGGUUCAACAGCAAGGCAUGAAUGACUGCGGUGAAGCCGGUGCCGGUAUGAGACUAGUCGGGCUGUUGGAGCGAACAGGGCUGGUUAACGUUCUUGUUGUUGUUACCAGGUGGUAUGGAGGCACUCCCUUGGGCAACGCAAGGUUUAGACAUAUAAGCACCGUUGCGGUUGAGGCAUUGAGAGAGGGAGGGUUUCUAGAGCCUCCAGCGAAGAAAGGUAAGAGGAAAUGA